ACCGACAGGGACAGAUAGACAGACGGACACUCAACAAAAAUAAACAUGGAUGCCUGUACCGCAGUGGAGGAAGAAGUCGACAAGAUUUUACAAAAAUUUACUGGUAUUAAAGACCAUGCUGAUCGCGUUUUGAGUGACAUCACCAACCAUGUUCAAUCCCUUAAAGAGGAGAUGGAUAAUUCUCCACCUGACCAUGAGUUAACAGCGGCCCAGGUCCUUAUAAUGAAAGAGGCUUUAGGUAAAGUAAGAGAAACAGUUCAACGUCUUGCAGGUGAUCACAGAGAUAUACACACAACAAUAUGCAAACUUGGAAGAGCUAUAGACAGAAAUUUUGAUUCGGACUUUUCAUCUGUUAGUCGGGAAGAUGUGUUUUCUGGACCAGAACAAGUCCAGCUCCUCAAUCAAGUUGUAUGCCAGCAUUUCUAUCGUCAUGGAAUGCUAGACAUUGCUGAUGAAUUGGCAAGGGAAGCUGGAUUGAAAUCAGAAGAAGGACACAAAGAACCAUUCACUGAACUAAACAACAUUCUGGACAGUCUAAAGCAAAGAGACUUAGGACCUGCCUUAGCAUGGGCCUCUGCACACAGAGAAAGCUUGGAAACUCAAAAUUCUUCCCUGGAGUUUAAAUUACAUCGUUUACAGUUCAUUGGACUGAUUCAGGAAGGCGCUGCGAGACAAAAUGAAGCUAUUCAAUAUGCUCGCACGCAUUUUGGCCAAUUUGUUCGAAGACAUGAAAAAGAAAUUCAAAACUUAAUGGGAAUGUUUUUAUACUUGCCCCAUGGAGUGAACAAAUCACCUUAUAACCAUUUGCUGGACCCCAACCUAUGGUCUGAGAUUUAUGACGUAUUUACUCGAGAUGCUUGUUCUUUACUUGGUCUUAGUGUUGAUAGUCCAUUAUCUGUGUGCAUUAAUGCUGGUUGCACUGCCUUGCCUGCAUUGCUCAAGAUUAAGCAUCUAAUGCAGCAGCGCCAGGUAGCAGGAAUUUGGAAUGGAAAGGAUGAACUUCCGAUUGAAAUUGACUUGGGUCAGGAAAAUAGAUACCAUUCAGUGUUUGCAUGUCCUAUUUUGCGACACCCAAGUUCAGACUCUAAUCCUCCCAUGAGAUUGGUCUGUGGUCAUGUAAUUUCUCGUGAUGCCCUGAAUAAGCUUGUCAGCAGCAAUAAGCUGAAAUGUCCUUAUUGUCCUGUAGAGCAGAAUCCCGCUGAGGCAAGACUUAUUUUCUUUUAAAGGAAUAUAAAUAAUGGUUAUGGUUUUCAAUUUUGUUAUGGAAUUGUUUAUAGUGACUGCUGACAGAUUGCACCUCACCAUGACGUUUACAGCUACCAUUUUUUCCCUUCUGUUUUUUUACCCACAACAGCCUACAGUGUUGUUUUCUUCUAAUUAUUCCAUCAUCCAUCACCUAUAUUUAUGAACGAGAGAUCAAACGAAAACUUUUAGAAGUAGACUUUUAGUCAGUCUCUGAAUCUUGACUUUUUCUACCAUUAUGUGUAACACUCUUUGCUUCAUAUACCUGUCCUAAUUAAAGGCAGAUAUUCUUUGGAGCUGAUACUCAAGUAUCUAACAAAGGAUUCUUUUAAAAUGAGUGACUGUCCUCUAAUAUGUGUAGUGUAACUAAUCUGUACCAUGUUUGUUACUCCUGUUCUGUUGCACAAGAUUGUAUAUCUCUAUACUUAUGAUCAUUUUAUUUCUAAUUUCUAUUUAAGCUCAUAGUUUGGUUUAGUAACUGUUUUGGUAUGUAGCUUUGCCAUUGUUUCAUUCUAAUAGGUGUACAGUUUUGUGUCUGAACUUCAAAUAUUGUCAUUUUGGUCAGUUGUGGCAGCUUGUUUUUUGUGGAAAAAAUGACGAAAAGUUUUAUUUCCUUGUUGUUAAAAGUGCUUCUCAGUCAAAAGUUAAGGCAUUUGUACCACUUCCUCCAAAAACUUUGAGAUUUAUCAGAAAGACUGAUAUCACACUACUGGACAAGCAGCUACUGUGCGCUUUUUCUGUUGAGUUAAUUUCACCUCAACCUCACCUUGAUAUCUAGCUAUUAAGUGCACCAGUAGGUUUUCUUUACCAUAUGUACUAUACUUUUAUAGGGGUCUCAUAAAUAUUUGUGUGCACUGCAGAUAAAUAUUGGACAUUACAUCAUUGACUCACAUUAAAAAUAUUUAGUACAGGAAAAACUGAACCCUGAACUAUCCAGAAAACAUUGAGUACUGGUAUGUCAAAAAUAUUUCCUAAACAAAUUGGGAAAUGAUUGUACAUGAAAACAAACAGAUAUUGUGGGUAGGAACAACGUGUUUUCCCAAAGUCGGGAGAGUUUUAAAAAUGAACUUGUGAAGUAUAUGUAUGUGAUAAAGUGGUGGUAUUGUCAAUGUUUGCUACAAAAUAAAAAAAAUUAACUUUAGUUUACAUGAUUGUUUCUGUGUGGAAAUGUCUUAUUGUCUCAAGUCAAGUCUCGGUUCAGUACUUCUUUAAUCUUAAAUCAUCUGAGCAACACAAUUUUAUUUAAUAUGAACAGACCUUUGAAAGAAUAAAUAUUAUGUAAAAUAUUUAGUACCUCUAACUUGAAAGGAUGUUAAGAUUUCUUACAUAUAAGAUGUUUAUUUACAAAUAUAUUGAAAAGUCCUAUUGAUUACACCAUCAACUGGUUCUAUUGUGAUUGUUUUGUUUCAAUAAAUUGUUUUAAAGAAAAAUUAA